UCGUUUCCUUCUGGUCCAAUGGGCGGUGCUGAUCUGUGAUCGCUCACUCGGCAAACUGUUCAAGCAAACAGCGCUGUUGUUAGCGGUCCGUCUGCGAAUUCUGCUAAAAUAUUAUUUACUGACCUACAUCUCUGCAAAUUUACGCAAACAUUUUAUUCGAAACGGCGAACGCGCGGAACGAAACAACAGGCAGGAUGGGCAAAGUGCAAGGCGGCAUGAAAUGCGUGAAAUACCUGCUUUUUGUCUUCAACUUCAUAUUCUGGUUGUCAGGCUCACUUGUGUUGGCGGUUGGAUUAUGGCUGAGGUUUGACCCAGACACGACCUCCCUCCUAGGCGAAAAUGAUGCCCCUGAAAAUUUCUUCAUUGCUGUGUACAUCUUGAUCGGAGCUGGAGGUAUCAUGAUGUUGGUGGGGUUCUUGGGCUGUUUUGGGGCCGUGAGGGAGUCACAAUGUCUUCUUGGAUCGUUCUUCGCUUGUCUUCUGGUGAUAUUUGGCGCAGAGGUUGCUGCUGGAGUCUUUGGCAUUUGGAACAAAGAUAAGAUCAUUAAAGAUGUCAAAAACUAUUAUAAGUCCAUUUUGGAAAAUGAGAACACUACUAUUGUUACCUCCAUGUAUCACAAUGUGCUUGAAUGUUGUGGGACUGAGUUCACUCGCCCCACUUCAUUGUGCACUGAUAACAGUUAUGACAAGGAUUGUGUCAAAGCUAUAGAUGAUUUCUUCAAUGAAAAACUCCUCAUCAUUGGAUAUGUUGGCAUUGGCAUUGCAGGUGUUAUGAUAAUUGGCAUGGUCUUCAGCAUGGUCCUGUGCUGUGCUAUUCGGAACAGCAGAGAAGUUAUUUAGGUUCCUCACGGUUCCCCCUCAUGGACCUCAUCAGACCAGCACAUGCAGGGUUGGGUACAGGGAGAAGAGACUCCCAUAAGGCAUUGUGGGUCUUGUGAUACUAUUUUGUGAACAGCAUUCUGUAUCUGAUUCUUCCUCUGGUUUUUUUACAUUGUGUUUGAAGAUGACCUCCACUGCAUGGACCAUUACUGCUACUGUAACCACAUUAACUUGUACAUUUAUUAUGUCUUAAAUGAUUUUUUACUGAAUCCUUGAUAUGAUCAAAAGGGGAAAUUUCAGGCAGUGUAAAUCCCUUUUUUUAAACUUGAACGCCAUGAAUAUAGAGUCCUUGUGUGGUCUCUGCUUGCGUCCACUCAGUCAAAAAAUUAAAAUUCUCAUGUUGUUACAAACCCAUAUGACUUCCUUACCUCCGUGGAACACAAAAGGAGAAGUUAGGCAGAAUGUUAGCCUCAGUCACCAUCCACUCUCAUUGAAUCUUUUUUCCAUAAAAUAAAGGGGAUGUUGACUGAGCUUGAUACUCUGCCUAACUCUUUUUGUGUUCCACAGAAAAGUGAGAGUCAAAAGGGUUCGAACAACAUGAGGGUGAGUAAAUGAUCUAAAACUAUUCCUUUAAGUUUGAGACGUGAUAGUUACCUACUGAUGUAAAUAAGCUUUCUGAUGCCUUUCAUUGAUCAAUUGCUUUUAAUGUUAUUUAUUGUGUGAAUUAGACCAGGUUUUCUGAGGUAAUUUAGAGUUUUUAGAUUAUGGGUCACAUUGAUUACAUUUUUAUUCUGUUUUGCAUGUCAUGUUGGUUAUUAAUGUUUGUCAGAAGUCUUUGAUUUGCCAAGAUUUCAGUAUCUUAAAUGAGUUUAACUAACCAAAACCACUAACAAACACACAUAUAGGCCAAUCAUGUCGCCCUUAAAGUCAAUAUGAAAUCAAAAUGGACCCCAUUUACUUUCUUAAUACACGUUUCUGGUCGUAUUGUGCAUUAUACAUUAGUGCACAGUAGUUAAGAAAUGAUUUGUAUAAUUUGUCAUCAUACACUUUGAAAUGUGAUAACUUGCUUUGCAUUUGAAAUUACUUUUUUUUUUAGGCUAGUGUUACCAGACCACAUGGACUAUAUUGAUUAAUGUUAAUCAAUUGCCAAAUAGCUAUUUAGAUGCUGUUUUAAGCUAUGUAUUCCAAUAGUUAACAUGGUGAUUUACAGUUUUUAUCAAUAACUUUGGCUCUUUUUUUUUUUUAAACAGUCUUAACAUUCUCUAAGGUGUAAGUGCAAUUAUCACAACUGUUUUAUGGGACAUCACAACUCUAUUGCAUGUCUGCAAAAUGUAGUAACUCACCCAAAACAUUUAAUUCAUACUUCAGAACCUAGUUAUUGUAUCAGUAAAUUGGCCAAAGCCACCAAAAUGAAAAGUUUGUCAUCGUGUGAGCCAUACUGGUCAAAAUGUUUAGAUGGUUUUACACCAUGGCAGUCAACCCAUUUUUGUUCUACUUUUUUGUUGACACUGACAGCUUACUGUACUAUACAAGAAUGUCAGUUUUAUCUAGCUGAAUGCUAUUGUGUAUCACACUGAGCUUUUUAGAUACCGAUUUCUACAGUAGGUAAAAGUUUACUGGGAAAAGUCAAUACUGUACAAUACUGUAGUACACAGAAAAAGGAUAUGCACAUUUAUAUGUAUACAGUACAUUUAUUUUUGUAGCAAUGUGUUACAUGUAAAUAGAAAAUUCACAUUUGUAUGUCCAAAUUUCUUACAUGUAAAGUCAUAUAUAGGAGACCUAGUGUGGAAAACAAAGGUUGCUGCUGGAAGAUGUAUUAGGGAGGCCAGCAGGGGGUGCUCACCCUGUGGUCUGUGUAGGUCCUAAUGCCUCAGUAUAGUGAUGGGGACACUAUACUGUAAAAAGGCACCGUCUUUCGGAUGAGACGUUAAACUGAGGUCCUGACUGUCUGUGGCCAUUAAAAAUCCCACCAUAGGCCCUUCUCAAACAUGGCCUCCUAAUAAUCCCCAUCUGUUAAUUGGCUGUAUCACUCUACUCGCUCCUCUCCACAAAUAGCUGGUGUGUGGUGAGUGUACUGGCACACUAUGGCCACAAGCUACAAGUUCCCAUCUUCUUGGUGGACAUCCUGUCGCUCUUGUUGUUCUGGCCAGAGAUUUAGCAGACAUCACAAACAUUCCAUGUCAUAGAUAUUUAUGGAAUAUACAUGUACUGUAUGUCUGACAGAUUUUGAUAAUUGAAUGGAUCAUUUUGCAUGUGAUGGCUCACACGAUGAAAGAAUUUUUAGAAGUUGUGAAGAGUAUGACAAUUUCACUGAGAAUCAACUCAUCAGUUUUGAUCAGCAAGCCAUGUGCAUUUAGUUAUUGUGCAAAUUGUAGACAAUUGUAUUUACUCUUUUGCACCCAUGUGCCAAAACACGUGCAAUUUGCUUAAAUGAAUAAGAAAUUCAAAUCUGGUGUGAACAAGAAACUAAUUGUUAACUUACUGUUUUGAAAAAAAUAAUUCUCAUUCAAGAAUUAAACCAAAGCGAUUGAGAAAAAUCUGUAAUACCUGUUAAUGUAGAUUACAGCAAUAAUAGAAGGUGAUCCCAUGAAUUCACAAAUCAUGUUCUUGAACAGCAGUUUUUGUUUGGUAUUGUUUCACUUGGAAAUACAUCACAUUACAGAAGUGAAAUGGGUUGUGUAUGCAUUUCAUGUUGACUUUAAAGUGUAACUUGUUUAACAACAGAGCACUCAAUUUUCUUUAAUGUAAACCUGAUUCAUUUUGAAUGCUGGAAAGUCCAAAGUUAUUUGCUUUAUAUAUAUAUAUAUAUAUAUAUAUAUAUAUAAAAAAUUGUAAAAA